AUGGAGUCAGACCUCAUCCGCCGCAAGAUUGAAGCGCUAAACAAGACGGUGCGUGACUACUACGAGAGUGGUGCUGACCAGGAGCAGACAUUGCGAGAAAACGUGGAAGCCUUCAAGAGGUGGCGGUUGCUGUACCAGGUCCUUGUGAAUGUGACCAAAAGGCAACUGAGCACAACUCUUCUUGGAAAAUCGGUGAGCAUGCCCUUCGGCAUUGCGCCGUCGGCCAUGCAGAAGAUGGCACACCCUGACGGCGAGAAUGGCACAGCUGCGGCCUCCGGAGCAGCCGGUACGGUGAUGAUCUUGAGCACCCUGAGCUCGACAUCCGUAGAAGAAGUCAGAAAAGCCGCGCCAAGCGCCACGCUCUGGUUGCAGCUGUACGUCUUCAAGAACCGGACCGUCACGCUGGAACUCCUACGCCGAGCUCAGGCCGCAAACUUCUCGGCAGUCGUGUUAACGGUGGACGCUCCGACAUGGGGACAAAGGAUCGUAGACGUCCGCAACGCCUUUAUUAUACCCGAAGGGAUCACGUUGGGUAAUUUCGACGACACCGUUUACGCCAACUUCAAUAUGACGAAUGUCACCAGCGGCUCCGGCCUCACCAAGUACACAAACGACUUCUUCGACCAGUCACUGACGUGGCAGGAUGUUAGUUGGCUCAAGAAUGUCACAACGCUACCCGUAGUACUCAAAGGAAUCAUAACCGCAGAGGACGCCCAGCUUGCGGUGGAGUAUAACGCCAGUGCCAUUCUUGUGUCCAACCAUGGAGGUCGGCAGCUGGAUGGAGCACCGGCCACUAUCGAGGCAUUGUCAGCGAUCGUGAAAGCCGUAGGGAACAAAACGGAGAUCUACCUAGACGGCGGCGUGCGGACCGGGACUGACGUCCUCAAGGCGCUUGCCCUCGGUGCCAAAGCUGUGUUCGUCGGCAGGCCUGCGCUCUGGGGACUUGCCUACAACGGAACCGUGGGUGUCAAGAAAAUGCUGGACAUCCUCACGACGGAACUUGACAGGGCUCUCGCAUUAAUGGGUCACUCGUGCGUGGGCGCUCUUCGGCCAAAAGACUUGAUUCGCCAGGAGCGCUAUGGCCUUCUAUAGAACAGGCUGUUGAGAGUGCGAGCUCUCCUAGGAAAUGUAAUAGUUUACGCAAUAAAUAUGAAAUACUGUGCAAUAUAGGCGCUAAA